AUGGCAAGAACUGAGAACAGGUCGGGUUCGACUUCGACUCUUGCGUCGCUCGCUUUCCGCCCGGAGGUCGAAGCCGCCCCAAUCCGGUCUAGCGCGGAUCGCUGUUUGCCGGCUGCCCGAAGAGUCCUACUAUACGAGCGCAAAUUCUCGGCCAACACCUGCCAUGCCAGUUCCAGCUCACCUGCGUCCUCUGUUGCGUCGCCGUUAGGGAGUAUCACGACCGAGUUGGAUCGGAUUUCGCCGUGCUUCGAGGUGCCGGCGUCGCGGAUCACGAUUCUAGACUCCCCGGCCAACUUCUACAACACGCUCAAGGACAAAAUCAAAAAGGCUCGCAAGCGUAUCUACCUCUCAACGUUAUACAUCGGCAAGACGGAACAUGACCUGAUCGACACGUUGGACCAGGCUCUCGGGGCCAACCCCGAGCUCAAGGUCUCCAUCCUCACGGAUGCUCUACGAGGAACGCGCGAAACGCCCAACCCUUCGUGUGCAUCGCUGCUGGCUACUCUGGUUGAGAAAUACGGUACGGAUAGAGUGGAAAUUCGCAUGUUCCACACCCCCAACCUGACCGGGUUGAAGAAGAAAUGGGUGCCUCGUCGGAUCAACGAGGGCUGGGGUCUCCAGCACAUGAAGCUGUACGGCUUUGACGAGGAGAUCAUCCUGUCAGGAGCCAAUCUCUCUAGCGAAUACUUCACGAGCCGCAUAGACCGGUAUCACGUCUUCCACUCCAAGGCACUGACCGACUACUACGCCGGCAUCCACAAUGCAGUAUGCAGUCUCAGCUUCCAAGUCCUCCCGGACUCUCAAAACGCCGCUGGCUACCUCCUCAACUGGCCCGCAUCCAACGGCGCGCCUUCACCUCUCGACCAACCCGAGGACUUCAUCGCCUACUCAUCCACCGUCCUGAACCCGCUCAUCCAGCCCUCAAAGAACCAGUCCACCCUGCCCCCCAAAUCCCCCGACCAGACCUACAUCUACCCCGUCGCGCAAUUCACCUCUCUCUUCAAACCCAACGACACCUCGACCGAAUUCCCCGCCGUGACCACCAUCCUCCGUCUCCUGUCUACCUCGCCCGCCUUCUCCGGCGCCCGCUGGCUCUUCACAGCUGGCUACUUCAACAUCCACCCCGUCCUCUCCUCCCUCCUCAUCGCCAGCACCUCCACCUCCCACACCGACUCCACCACCCUAGGCACCGUCCUAACCGCCUCCCCCUGGGCCAACGGCUUCUACGGCUCCCCCGGUAUCUCCGGCAUGCUGCCGGCCGCAUACACGCACCUGUCCGCGCGGUUCCUCGACCGCGUCGCCGACGCCCAGCGCACCAACUCCAUCCAGCUGAAAGAAUGGCGCCGCGGCACUGUCGGGCAGCCCGGUGGCUGGACCUACCAUGCCAAGGGCCUCUGGAUCACCCUCCCCAAAGAGGAACACCCCAGUCUGACCUUCGUGGGGAGCAGUAACUACACGAAGCGCAGCUACAGUCUGGAUCUGGAGGUUGGGGCGCUCGUCGUCACGGGUGAUGCGGAGCUAAAGCGCAAGUUGGGCGCUGAGACAGAGCGGCUGCAGGAGGAUGCGAAGGCCAUUUCGCGGGAGGAUUUGAGGAGAACGGAGAGAAGGGUGAGUUGGAGGGUUAGGUUGGCGAUGUGGAUCGUCGAGAAGGUGGGUGGGGCGUUAUAG